GUAAUGUCAGUCUGUUUCUCUCCUGAUGGGAAUACAUUAGCUUCUAGUAGUAGUGAUUAGUCUAUCCGUCUCUGGGAUGUCAAAACAGGAUAAUAAAAAGCCUAAUUAGAUGGUCAUGAUGAAGUUGUAAUGUCAGUCUGUUUCUCUCCUGAUGGGAAUACAUUAGCUUCUAGUAGUAGAGAUUAGUCUAUCCGUCUAUGGGAUGUCAAAACAGGAUAAUAAAAAGCCAAAUUAGAUGGUCAUACUAGUAUUGUCUAUUCAGUCUGUUUCUCUCCUGAUGGAAAUACAUUAGUUUCUGGUAGUUGGGAUAACUCUAUCCGUCUAUGGGAUGUAAAAACAGGAUAAUAAAAAGCCAAAUUAGAUGGUCAUACUAGUAUUGUCUAUUCAGUCUGUUUCUCUCCUGAUGGAAAUACAUUAUCUUCUGGUAGUGUAGAUAAGUCUAUCCGUCUAUGGGAUGUAAAGACAGGAUAAGAAAUUAAAUCCUCUGAUAAAAACUACAAAGAUAUUCUUGCAUAAUUAAAGAUUCCACUCUAACAAAAUUGUCCAUUAUAAGAAGGUAAUAUUAUUUUUUUUAAUAUUUUUAGCCUCCAAUUACAUCACUACACUUCUUAUAUCCUAAUAGGCCAUAUUUUAAGCUUAAGGAGCACUAAUUUUGAGAGGAGAGUUUAUAAAUCAAUCAGGUAUAGAUUUAAAGACAUUGUUUAAAUAAAAAGGAAGUUGCUUUUUAGAAGACUAUGAAUGA